ACAUAUAUAUAUAUAUAUAUAUUUACGCGUGUUAGAAAGAAAAGUAGUAAAUAGAAAAAAUCAUCUGAUGAACGGUCACACCGAGGAUCGAAGGGGCGGAGUCAGGUAGGGGCAUGCGCAGUAACGCAUUUCAGAUACUUUGCCGUUGCAGUGUCUCGCUUCUCUAUCUAGUGGGGACUCUGUAGUAGACAGUUACGCACGAAGAGUAUAGUUAUAGCUGAGUCAGUACUCUGUGUGAGUGUGUUCCCGGUGCUCUUCUCAUUCUUGUAAGCUCUCUUGCUGCCAGAGUCUAUCAGCCGUGUGUUUCGAUACGGGCAGACAUGGAGCUCGAGCAACCGAUAUCGGAAGCUAAUUCCAAUUUAGAAAAACGGUCGAAGGAAAACAGCGUUGUGGGUAAUCAUAAUGAUGCUCAUUUGAAUGGCAUGUCUAAUGGAUUUGAUAGAAAAAAGGAACAUAAAUCCGAACAUAAAGAUAAAGAAAAGGAGCGAUCUCAUAAGUCUGAACAUAGAGAUAAAGACCGAAGUAAGGAAAAAGAAAAGAGUCACAAAAGCGAACACAGAGACAAGGAUAAAGACAGACACAAACAUAGUUCUAGUUCCUCCAAAGACAAGGAUAAACAUGAGAGUAGCAGCAGCAGCAAGGAUAAAGAUAGAGAAAAGAAGAGUAGUUCGUCGUCAACGAGUAAAGACAAAGAUCAUAAGCAUAGUGGAUCAUCAUCUAGUAAGGAUAAAGAAAAAGACAGAAGUAAAGAUAAAGAGCAUCAUCAUAAAUCUAGUUCCAGUUCAAAGGAAAAAGACAGAUAUCACAGUGGUUCCAAGGAUAAGGAAAGUUCCAAUAAGGAUAAAGAAAGUUCAAGGAGUAAAGAAAAGGAUAAGCAUAGGCAUAAUUCAGUGAGUUCAAAUUCUCGUGAUAAGGACAAAGAGAAAGAUUCUUCAAAGGAUAAAAAACAUUCAUCAUCAGAAAAAGAUAAGGAUAGACAUUCCACUUCUCAUUCUGGAGACAAAGAGAAACAUCGUUCCUCCGAUAGAGAAAAAGAUAAACAUAGUUCAUCUAGUAAGGAUAAACAUCGUCAUGAAAAAGAUAAGGAUCGUCAUAGGCAUGAUAAAGAAAAAUCUAAACAUCGAGAAGAAAAAGAUAAAAAGGAAAAAGAAAAGGAUGAAGUAAAAACGACGAAAGAUGUAGAAAUAAAAGUCAAUCAUCUUACAAGUGAAAGUUUUCGAUACAACCACGAUAUCAAACCAGACAUAAAAGAGGAACCAAUAUCGCAAAUAGAGCAAGAUGAAGAUGAUGAUGAUAGUGGUGAAGAACCACAUCUUUUCAUUAAGGAAGAAGAAGAUGAAGAAGAGCCUGUUAAAGAUGAAGCUAGCAUGGAUUCAACCACUGACACAAGACUUUCAGAUCUUCAUAAUACAACUCUUAAAACUGAAGAAGAAUCGGAGGAAGAUUUGCCAUUGUGCGCAAGAUUUACGUCAACACCAAAUGUUAAAAGAAAAAUUGAAUCGGAUGAUGAAGAAGAACUUCCACUUUCUGCUCGUAAAAAGGCCAAGAAAACUGGUUCCAAAAUAAAGAAAAAGAAACGGAAACAUGAUGAAGAAGAAUCUGAAGUAGACGAGAAGCCAAAGAAGAAAAGUAAUAACAAAAGUAUAAAAAGUGAAACAACUAGUCCCAGAAAGAAAAAGCAAGAGGAAGAGCAAGAUGUUUGGAAAUGGUGGGAAGAAGAAAAGAAGAACGAUGGAACCAAGUGGACAUUCUUAGAACAUAAAGGACCAGUUUUUGCACCACCGUAUGAACCACUUCCUCCUAAUAUUAAAUUUUAUUAUAACGGUAAAGAGAUGAAAUUGAGCGAAGGUGCAGAAGAAGUAGCAACCUUUUAUGCACGAAUGUUAGAUCAUGAUUACACGACUAAAGAAGCAUUUAAUACUAAUUUCUUUCAUGAUUGGCGAGAAGUAAUGACAGAAUCAGAAAGAAAUAAAAUAGUUGACUUGAGCAAGUGUAAUUUUAAAGAAAUGCAUGCAUAUUUUGUUCAAAAGAGUGAAGAAAGGAAAGCAAUGUCAAAAGAAGAAAAGAAAAAGAUAAAGGAGCAAAACGAAGAGAUUCAAAAAGAAUAUGGAUUUUGUGUUAUUGAUGGUCAUAAAGAAAAAAUAGGUAAUUUCAAAAUAGAACCUCCAGGACUUUUUAGAGGUCGAGGAGAACAUCCAAAAAUGGGAAAAUUGAAAAAGAGGGUUUUGCCUGAGGAUGUUCUCAUUAAUUGUUCAAAAGAUUCUAAUAUUCCAAAACCACCCAGUGGGCAUAAGUGGAAGGAAAUUAGACACGAUCCAAAUGUAACUUGGUUAGCUUCUUGGACAGAAAAUAUUCAAGGACAAGUUAAAUACGUUAUGCUUAAUCCUUCGAGUAAGUUAAAGGGAGAAAAAGAUUGGCAAAAAUAUGAAACUGCUAGAAAAUUAGCUGCAUCAAUUGAUAAAAUCCGUAAUGAGUAUAGAGAAGACUGGAAAAGUAAAGAAAUGCGCAUUAGACAAAGAGCUGUAGCGUUAUAUUUUAUUGAUAAGUUAGCACUUAGAGCUGGUAAUGAGAAAGAUGAAGAUCAAGCAGACACUGUAGGUUGUUGUUCUUUGCGUGUUGAACAUAUCACAUUGCAUGAACAGAAAGAUGGAAAAGAAUAUGUAGUUGUAUUUGAUUUCUUAGGUAAAGAUUCUAUAAGAUAUUAUAACGAAGUGCCAGUAGAGAAACGUGUCUUUAAAAAUUUGCAACUAUUCAUGGAAAAUAAAUCUCCCAAUGAUGAUUUAUUUGAUCGACUUAACACUACAGUUAUGAAUAAACAUUUGAAUGAAUUAAUGGAAGGUCUGACAGCUAAGGUAUUUAGGACAUACAAUGCAUCGUGGACAUUGCAACAGCAGUUAGAUAAGCUGACUAAUCCUGAUGACACGGAGGCUGAAAAAAUCUUGGCAUAUAAUAGAGCUAAUAGAGCAGUAGCUAUAUUAUGUAACCAUCAACGUUCUGUGCCAAAAACUCAUGCAAAAUCUAUGGAAAAUUUAAAAGCUAAAAUAGAGGCUAAAAAAGAAGCAAUAACUGAAGCAGAAUUACAAGUAAAAGAUGCAAAACGUGAUGCGAAACAUGGCUCAAUUAAAGAAAAAGUUGUCUAUGAAAAGAAGAAGAAAGCACUAGACCGUUUGAAGGAACAAUUGACAAAAUUAGAGGUUCAAGCAACCGAUAGAGAAGAAAAUAAAGAGAUUGCAUUAGGAACCUCCAAACUUAAUUAUUUAGAUCCAAGAAUUUCUGUCGCAUGGUGCAAGAAGCAUAAUGUCCCAAUUGAAAAAAUCUAUAAUAAAACUCAAAGGGAUAAGUUUAGAUGGGCGAUAGAUAUGGCUGGACCAGACUAUAUCUUUUAACCCCAUAAAAAAACUGCUUUUACGUAAUAACAUAUUUUUCGUUAAGAGUAUAUAGUGAAUUUCUGUCUUAUUAGGGAAAUACAAGAACGAUAUAAUUUUUUGUAUUUACAUGAAUAAAUAUAAGAACAGCUGGAUACGUUUUAUAUAGAAUAUUAAAAUUUGUAGUAAGGAGACUUGAUAUAUUCAGUAUAUAUAUUAUAUAUAAUUAAUAAUUAUUAAUGGGAUCGAAUCGAUCGCCUGGCAAUCAUGCAUAAAAAUUUUAGCGAUCAUUGUAUAUCUGCGUAAUAAUAGCGUUCAAUUAGAAUCGUAAAUAAUCAAGGAAAAAAAGUGAAUAGUUUGAUAAUUAAUAAUAAAAAAAAAAAAAA